AGUUGUAAAUUGUAAUAUUAUAGCCUUAAGUAUUAAAUUACAAAAUAGUUAUAGUCUUCUAUCUCACUCAGCAGUAUUUAUAUUCUAUGGUAUUCACUAUUUAUACUUGAAGAUGUGAACACAGACUGGGAUAUUCCUAUUUUUAGUCUAUAUUACUAUUUAUAAACUGUGAUUGUUUGUUUUUAAAUUUUAAUGAAAAUAUUGAUAAAAUUGUUAUUGUAUUGAAAUAUGUACUUAAAUAAUUUUUAAUUGUUUGACUUAAAGUAUUCUGAAUCGUUCCAUUGAUUAUGCUUGGGCUAAAUUUUUUAUUCUGUGUUUGAAAAUGGUGGACGAUCUGAAUUGCAUCAGCACAUUUUUCAAUUUAAGUUCCAGAACAGACACAUCCCUGAUCUCUCAAGAAAAUGAGACGUCAAUAGAUUCCGAGACAGAUGGGCUGAGCUUAUCUCAGCUAACAAUACAAGAACCGGAUCCUAUGAACAUAUGCCCUUUCUUCAACAUAACCCCGAGGAUAAUGCCCCAAUCACCACAUUACAUAAUCGAAGAGGACUUCUCUCAGAACCCGUGGGCAAUGCUGAUUGCCACAAUAUUUCUUACAAAGACAUCGGGGAAGAUGGCUCGACCGUAUAUAAAAAACUUUUUUGAGAAUUACCCAACACCGUAUCACGUAUUAAAUGAUAACCCGACAUCUUUAGAGAGAUAUUUCGUUAAGUUAGGUCUACGGAAACGUGGUGACAUGAUUUGGAAAUUGAGUUAUCAGUUUGUCUCGUCAAAAUGGCGGCGGGCAAGCGACUUAUGCGGUAUCGGGAAGUACGGCGAGGAUGCAUAUAGAAUGCUGUGCUUGGGACACACGGAUUUGGAACCUGAUGACAGAUACUUAAGGCUGUAUUUAGAUUGGCUGCAGCGUGACACGCAGUUUAUGGAGCACAAUGGAAUGACGGACAGUGAAUUCAUGAUAGACGAUCCAGUUUUAAAGUAUUAUACAAUUAAUUUGAGGAGCAUUUAAUUUUUAAUAAGUACUUUAUAUUGUUUCAGUAAAUUAAUUUUACUAAUCAUGUCUAGCUGAUUUCCAAAUACUAUUGUGAAUAAAUUAUGAAACAUAUUACAUAAUUAAUAAUUUUAG